UAAUUUACAUGUAUUUGGAUUUUUUAGCAAAGACAUGUAGCACAAUACAUUUUGGAGUAAAUUUAAGACGAAAUGAUCUGUUUGAAAAAUUUUAUAAAAGAAACAAAUAAACUUUUUUUUUUUUUCAAAUUUUGUGCACUUUUUUUAUUUAUAGCUCAAAAAGUAAAGUGCCCAGUGGCGAUUAAAUACCACCAAAAGAAAGUUCUAUUUGUGAGAAAAAAAUGAUCAAAAUUUCAUAUGGGUACAAUGUUGCAUGAUCGCGCAAUUGUCAAUCAAAGUGCGGCAGCGCUGAAAGCUGAAAAUUGACCUGGUAAGGAAGGGGGUAUAAGUGCCCCAUAGGCAAGUGGUUAA